AUGGCUGGUAAGCACACUCCAUCGCGUCUGCGGAUGUCAACGUUUCGCACCACGCGUCACGCCACCUCGAAGCCUCGCCAUGAUGCUAACAUGAUUGCGAUAGACGAAGUGCGCCGCUCCGGACGCGCCAACAAAGGCCAUCAUACCAAGAACGCCGAUGCCCUCGACGAAGUCGUAGCUGUCAAGCCAAAGUCGACGAAGCCCAAGGCGGACAAGAAGUCGAAAGGAGCAAAUGCCGCUUCAGGGCGCUCACAAUCCGUGCCAUCCGUCGAUGCUGAGGAAGAAGAGGAGGGGGGUGAGGAGAUCAUUCGAUGUGUCUGUGGCCAGACCGAAGACAAUCCCAACGACAAGCGGGAAAUGAUAUGCUGCGACACCUGCCAGGCAUGGCAACACAACAAGUGCUUGCACCUACCCCAGGGUGAAGAAUACUGGGAGAACAGGACUUAUUACUGCGAGCAAUGCAGGCCAGAGGAACACCAAGAGCUGCUCGCGCUCAUGGAAAAGGGCGAGAAACCGUGGAUCAAGUGGAACAAGAAAGGCGCGAAGCCUCCGAAGUCGCGUCCGAUUGACGUGAAGCCAGGCAGCAAACCGGAGAAGGCUAAAACAGCUACACCUCAGCCUUCGCAGCUGGCUGCUCCAAGCCCUGCCGCUACCCAAUCCAAUGCGCCCAGUCCUGCCCCGCCUGCUUCCAUCGCUGUCCCAACCGAGGUGUCGAUAGAUGGCCAUACCGUGAAGGCUGAGUCUAAGGUAAGUCGAGCCUCCUGUAGAAAGUUUACUUCAUCUGACGUGCUCCAGCCGACCAAGCCGCAGUCUCCGCUUGGCGAAAAGCGACGACAUGAUUCCUCAGAGAAGGAUAGUUCGAGCAAGAAGCGGAGGAAGCCCAGCGCUCCUAAGAGCGAAAUCGCUGCAGCCCCGACAGGCGCAUCCGACAUCAACGCUCUGCCUGCCAAGCAGAAGCAGGUGACCGAAAAGUUGCGGGAUACUUUCGUUCCACUAAUUACCACUGCGUCGGAGUCUCGCGGAUACCAGAUACCAGAAGGUCAAUCUGCGCAGUCUAUCGCCACUCGACUCGCGUUAGAGAUAGACCAUGCCGCUUUUCUACGCCAUGGCGAACCGGCAGGCAUAGAGUCGCCCUAUACUAUCCAGCUUCGCACCAUCAUCAUCAACACGAAAAGAAAUCUCGGCUUGGUGGACCAGUUACUGUCGGGAGACUUGAAGGCAGACGACAUCGCUUCCAUGUCGUCCGAAGAGAUGGCGAGUGAUGAGAAACAGAAAGAAUAUGCCGCUAUCAGAGAGGCGAAUGAGAAGCAGAUGAUACUCACUGAGGAGACCGGUCCUCGGUUCCGCAAAACGCACAAAGGUGAUGAGCUCGUAGAGAACGACGCUGCUACUUCUACUCAACAAGACGACUUCAGACCGCCACCGCCGCCACAGAAUGAUGAAAAGCCCGUGUUAGAGUCUCCUACACAAGAAUCCCAUACGGCGGUGGAGCUGCCCGAAGAUGUCGGUCGACGCGAACCCAUCGCUGUAGACACCAGCGCAGGAGCAGAUAGCGCGCGACGGCCUUCGACGAAUUUUGACAUCAACUCUGUCUUUGCUCAAGUUCGCUCGCCGCAGAACGACCAGCACUCCUUUCUUCAAAGGCGUCAGAGCUCAAAUCAACAACCCGAGAAGAGUACACAAGUCGAUGCAGACGUUGACCGUCUCCUCAAAGACGAAGAUGGCGACGUAGACAUGCCUGCAUAUGCCGAUGAGACCAUUGUCUGGCGAGGGUCUAUCGAGAUGCAGCAUAUGGAGUCCUGCGCAUCGGUCGCCCGGUUCGUCGCGGGAGGUGAUUUUGGCAAAGCCAUUCCAUGGACGAAGCUCCUGUCAUCCACGCUACCUAUUGCAGGACGCAUUGAGGAAGCCAGAGGCGAUGAAUAUAUCAGAGGGCUGGCGACCACUGGAAGCCAUGAUGUCGCCGUGCUAGCUUUGAGCCCAGUCUCUUCUGAGGGACGCACAGUGAUGGAUACUCUAUACAAAUACUUCCACGACCGUAACCGAUGGGGAGUCAUACCAGUUGACAAACUUGACAACGAAGCUAUGCGCGACUUGUACGUCAUACCCAUACCAGCAGGGCCCAGCAACCUUCCCCAGUUCAUGGAUCUCUUGGAGUACUGCACGAUCGAAACGCCACGGAAAGACGAUAUGCUACUGCUUGCGCUCGUUGCCAAGCUUCCAGAUAUCCAGCCUCAACCUGUACAGUACCCACAGCACGACACCUCGUUGAACCAUACUCCCACUCCAGCGCAACCUUCAAACGGCGCAAGUGGACCUAGCCCUUCCCCGCUGACGAAUCCUCACGGCCCUUCAUACUCGCCCGUGGGACCGUCGUUCCCGCCCAACCCAUACCUCGCGCAGCCAAGUAACGGCUACAGUCCGACACCCCCGCAAGCCGCGCCCUCGCAAGCCGCACCACCACAGGCAACCGAUUCAACACCUUUCGACCCGGCCGCCAUUCUAGGGCCUUACAUGGCAUCCCCUGUCGUGCAAGAGCUCCUGCAGAAUCCGCACACGCGUGACACGCUGUAUAACCUCAAGGAUCUCCUGGAUAAGGUGCCUGCGGCACAAUACGACAUAAACGUGCUGUCGCAGUGUUUGUAUCAAAAGAAUGCUAUGGCAGCGGCUGCUAAUUGGAAUGGCAAUUAA